CGGAUUUUUCACCAAAUGCCCCUGAGGUUUACUUUAAUGCACCAAAUACCCCUAAACUUUCCAAAAUGCACCAAACACCCCUGACGUAUGCAAUAAUAUCAUUAAAUGCCCUUUUGUCUGACGGACGUUAACCCUCCGUUACCAUGUUUUUACCUUGUUGCCCUUACUUGUCCUUUCUGGCGCCAUAUCAAAAAAGAAAAAAAAAAAAAUUCAAAACCUAACUUCCCAACUUCUUCCUCGACAUUUCUCUCUGUUCUCUUACACCAUUAGAGAGCACUUGAGUACCAAACCAAAGAGAGAGAAAGAUCGAAAUUCGCUGGGAUUUGUGUAAAACAACUCGCAAUAGUUAGUCGAAGUAAAUCCCCACGAAAAGAUCGACAAUUUGGUCCAAAAAUCUGCAGUUUUCGCGAGUCCUACAAAAGUGGGUGCAAGGAGAGCAAAGGACUGGAAUUUGUGGCUUCAACUUCAUCAAAAUUGUGUCAAGGAUGGUCGCAAUUUGGUUGUUAUGUCAUUAUAAUGAUCGGAAUUUUGAUGUGAGGGUACAAGAUACUGAUGAAACGAACUACAUGGAUUUGGUUGAUGACUUGUUUGAUGAUUCUAUUAAGCAAGAUGUUCUGAUUCCCGAUUUAUUUAGAUUAUUUUAUGUUAAUCCUAGUACGAAUAAAAGAGUAGAAUUGUUGAAUGAUGUUGGUUUGAUGGGCAUGUGGGGUUUAUUUAAGCGCACAGAUACUGUGGAAAUAUGGAUAGAGAAGGCAAAUGAGAAGGAAACUUCAAUCCAAUUUAGGACUGCAGUUAAGAAAAGGAAGGAUAGGAAGGAAAGGAAGGCUGCAGAACUUAGAAGGAAAGCUGAGGAGUUUGAGAGGGAGAGGGAAGAGGAAAGGAGAAGGUUAGAAAGGGAGGCUGAGAUUCAAAGGGAUUUGGAGGAGCAAUUGGCAAACACAGUGGCAGUUGAGGUGCCUGUGUAUGAUGUUGAGGAUUUAAGCGUAGAGUACGUACGUGUUUACAGCUCACAACAUGCUGACUGCCUUUCCCCGGGAGGUUCCCAACCACCAAAUACACAAAAAGAGCCUUCACCACCACCAAGAGAGCCCUCACCACCACCAAAUGUUCCAUCACCACCAAGAGAGCCCUCACCACCACCAAAUAAUCCAUCACCACCACCAAGAAGUCCCUCACCACCACCAACCUCACCACAGACACAACCACAGCAACAACAACAACAACAGACAGAACAUCAGCAACAACAACAAACAGAACAUCAACAACAACAACAAACAGAACAACAGCAACACCAACCCACAGAACAGCAGCAACAACAUCAAACAGAACACCAGCCAGAUCAGACACCCCCUCCUAACAGGGCUGAGUUAAACAAAGGGAGGGGUUUCAGAAUUUCUAGAAGUCAUGCUAAGAAGACGGGUGAGUUUGUUCCUAAGAAGAGGGGGGGAAGGCCUGCUGGUUCAAGGGUGAGGAAACCCACUGCAUACAAUGUGGAGGAAGAGGAGCAAUGGGAUGAUGAGAGUGAUGAUGAAAAUUUUGAGGAGAGUGAGAGUGAUAGUGAAACUGGUUUCAACUCCGACGAUUUCAUUGACGAAGAAAUUGAAGAAGAUGAAGAACAAGAUGUUCUUAAGGAGGUAAUUUCUGAGAGAAGUUUUGAGGAUCAUUUAGAUGGGAGUAAUAAGCUGGAUAAUUUGUAUGCAAAUGGGAAAGUUGUGGGAAGCAUGCCAUGGGGGACUAUCAAGUUGCAACCAUGGAUGAUAUUCCAAAGCAAGACACACUUCAUGGAGGUCUUCAGAGACUUCUGUAUUCAAGAGGGAUUUGCUGUGAGUGUUGAAAAGGCUGAUACAACCAGAUUCACUGCAAUGUGUCUGGUUGAGUCAUGCAAUUGGAGGAUCCAUGCCUGUGUGUUGUUGGAUGGGGUCAGUUGGGCCAUUAAAACUCUUGUCAGUGAGCACAAGUCUUGUGGGAGACUUGAGGAGAAUCCCAUGGUGACAUCUCAGUGGCUAUGCACCAAACUACUUCCUGACAUUGAAGCAAAUCCAGAAAUCCCAAUUAAGACACUUCAAAGAAAGGCAUUGGGGAUUUAUAGGGUACAAGUGAAACAGAGGUUGAUGUACAAGGUGAGAAGCCUCGGGAGGCAGCAAAUUUAUGGAGGUUUUGAUGAGUCAUAUGCCCUUUUACCAUCCUAUGCUGAAAUGAUCAAAUCUACCAAUCCUGGGAGUUAUGCCUUGGUCACUUGGACUGCAGAUUCUGGUAACGUGACACCCCGUUUCAAGGCUUGCUUUUUCUCCUUUGCUGCACAAGUUAGGGGUUUCUUAAGAGGUUGUAGGCCUAUCAUAGGCAUUGAUGGUGCACAUUUGAGUGGAUACUAUAAGGGAAUUCUCCUCACUGCAGUUGCUAUCGAUGGGAUAAUGAGAUUUUUCCAUUAG